AUGUCCCGUCAGCCCUCCCCUGGUCCCUCCCAUCCCUCCUCCCAUCCCCCCUUCCACCCCACACAGCCCUCUGCCAGACAGAGACCCAAACCUUAUGCUACCGGCAUCGCCGCUGGCGCAGAAGAUGCCAAAUACAAGACAAAGUACAGGGAGCUCAAGAAAAAGGUCAAAGAAAUAGAGGCAGACAACGACAAAUUGCUGUUCAAAAUGCUUCAGGCGAAGCGCAAUAUAUCACGCAUGAAGAUUGAAAGAGCCGUCUUGUAUGAACGCCUGUCAGGGCAUCCAUCACCUCAGAGCGCGUUCGAACGUCAAGGUGCUGUAAUGCAUGAUGCCCAACUUCACCCCUCAGCUUCACAUGUGACCCGCGGACAUCGUUCCCCCCGAGAAGUUCUCGAGACACAACUGAUUCCCGUCGAUCCUAACAACCAUGCUGCCGUUGAGUAUUACAGAAAUGCCGGGAUACCGAUUCGCAUCAUACAGGGUCCUGAAGGCCAACCCGUUCAUGUCGCGGAAACUGUAGUCGGCCCUGCUCAAAUGUCAAGGCACUCUUCCGGACAUACUCCGUCGCGCGAUGCUCGACAAAACAACGUCCACGCGCCAUCGGCAUCCUCGUCUGUGCAACACCUGGAACCACCUCACCAUAGAGGACAACAGCGAUCGGUGUCCCAUCACAACUCGCACUCUCAUUCCCCAUCUGCAUCUUCCCACUCGCGCUCGAGAUCUCGGGGCAACCACGCUUCGCAAGUCUCUCAUGCAGCCAUACCUGCGUAUCCACAGCAGGCUCCCCUGGAAACAUUUCCUCCUAGUCAUCAUGACUCGCAGCCGUCUGCGCCUUCUUCGGACAGGGGAAGGUCUAGUCGGGACGAAGCACAUGAGCUUGCAACUCCUCACAGCUACGCGCAUGUCCAAUCGCCGCCGAUGGCUCCGGGUCAAAUCUCGCCAACCGCCAAAGGAAGCUCUCGCAUCCACAAUCAUCAGCGCAUGGGUCCCGGAACAAACAUCAACAAUAUCGGUCAGCCGGAACGCGAGCGUGAUCGCGACGUUCGUGACAGGGAACGCGAAAUCGAAUGGGAGCAAGAGAGAUCGCAAAGGACCAGGGAGAUGGAGGGUGUCAGCGGACCAGGCUCGGUCGCACCUUCACGCGUCCCCUCUCCACCCUUCGGAGCGCGAUAUCGGCCUGCCGGAGACGCAUAUGCGGAGGAGCGUGAUCGUCCUUCACGUAUGUACGAACCUCGUGGGCCUCAUGAUAGCGCAGUUCAACGCGGCGCAUCACGUUCUGCAACACCUAGAUCCCGCUCCGGGUCUAUCGUGCCCCGCGGCUCCGUCGAGGAUCCCUCCCGCCCAAGCUCGCGCUCGCAAUAUUAUCCACGCGAGUACGAACAGAGGCCUCGGCCGUCGGUUUCGCAUCUCGUUCACCCGCCCGACGUGGACACGGACAUGGCUGCGGAAGAUGCCCGACACAGUCGGCCGGAUUCCAGCGGGAGAAUAUCAGACGUGUACACAAAUUCGGGUUCGAGGAAGCGCUCGAGAAGUGACGUGGAAGGAGACCUAGAGAUGGAUGACGGGUCUCCGCGGCGCCCAGAAGCCACGGCCGGGGCCGGGGCUGAGUGA